AUGUUACAGCAACAACUCGUCAUGAGUCAGUUUAUUUGGAAGAAGGAUCAAGUUUUAGAUGAGUCAGUUUUUGAAAGAAAUCUUUUAAGUUUUAAAAAGUUACGUGUGAUGGUUGUCCACAAGUUGAAGAUCCAGACCGUGCCGAGUUACAUAAGCAAACUGAAACAUUUAAGGUAUCUUGAUCUCAGUGAUAGUGAUAUCUUGACUCUCCCAAAUUCUAUAACCAAGUUGCAAAGUCUGCAGACUCUAAAACUCAAUCAUUGUUACGGGCUUGUAGAAUUGCCAAGAGAUAUAAGAAAAUUGGUCAGCCUUAGGCAUCUUGAGCUUCGCUACUGUCAUUAUUUGAGUGGUAUGCCGUGUGGAUUGGGCCAGGUGACGUCUCUUUUGACAUUAACUAGAUUUGUAACCAACUCAAGUGGCAGUCGGUUGAAUGAAUUGCAAAGCCUAAACAAUCUACGGGGAAGAUUAAGUAUUAGAAUACUUGGAAUUGGGUACUCAAGUAGCGGACAGUGUUCAAAAAAUGCAACAACAACAGAGAAAAGAAUGGAUGAAACAAACUUCUUGGAGGCGAAAGAAUUCCUUAAGACGCUGGAAGUAUAUUUUUUUAGUGAUGAAGAUAAUUGUGUUUUGUUGGAAUCCCUAUGUCCACACCCCAAUCUGAAGGAACUGAAAAUAUAUUAUUUUCAGGGAGUGAGUUCCCCAAGUUGGAUGAUGGUUGACAUUCGUUUAUCUAUCCCAAAUCUAGUCAGUAUUGAUAUAGAGAACUGCCACAAAUGCAAACAUCUUCCACUAUUUGGGCAACUUCCUUCUCUCCAAUUUCUUAAGCUUUAUGAUAUGGAUUCUGUGGAGUACAUAGACAACAAUACUGGCAGUGGUGAGGAGUCCCUCACUUCAUUGAGUGGAGAAGCAGCAGCAGCAGCAAGAAGAAGAGAACCAACCCUAACACCAACAUUCUUCCCAUUGCUGAAGAGUCUCGUUCUCCCUGACUUGCCUAAUCUGAAGGGAUGGUGGAGAAGCAAAGCAGAAGAAGAAAAAGCAGCAAGAACAAGUUUUAUUGCAAACUUACCAGAUCAACAACAGUUGAAGUCAUUGCCUUAUUGGCUCCCAUCAUUUUCUACUCUUUCCACAUUAUCCAUUACUAAUUGCCCUAAUCUGGCAUCAAUCCCAAUUCUGCAACCAUGUCUUGAAGUACUACAUCUUGAUUGCGUCAGCAAGAAGCUAGUACAACAACUUCUAAUGAUGACGAUGUCGUUGUCCUCUUCAUCUUCUUUGCUUCUUCAUCUUCCCAAAUUAAAAUAUCUGAGUCUUGGGAGAAUUUAUGAUCUAGUUACAUUACCGGAGUGGAUAGGCAACCUCACAUCACUUGAAAAGCUUCACAUUUUUAACUGCCCCAAAUUGACAUCACUGCCUGAAGGGAUGCGUCGGCUCACUACAUUCCAAGAACACAGAAUUACAUAUUGUUCACAGGGCUGGGUGGAUGAAUCAUUGCUUGAAACAAAGAAGAUAGCUCAUUUUGUUCUUGAAAUUGAAAUUACCCCAGCUACAUAUGAAGUUUCUGCAAAUUUACAGAGAAACAGGGUGGAAUCUGCCAAAAGGGUGAUUACAAAAACCAUCAAGCGAAUGAAGCAAUGGGCUUCUCUGUGGAGCACGGAUAUUCAAUCCAAAGUGGGAGAGAGUGUACCACAACCAGAUGAAACAACGCCGGACACAAUGGUGGGAAAACAGUCGAUGAAGAAACAGGUAGACAAACUGCUCCACAUGCUCUGUGAUAGAGAAGCACAUGCAUUGCGAUUAAACUACAAGAUAUAG